CCCAAGCUUAAAACUCCAUUGUAUUCCCCGCCUGCAAACAUGGCCAGUACAAGCACUUCUCCAACAUCUUCAAAGCUAGUGCUUGCAUGGACUCUUGUAUUUCUCUCACUAACCCUACCUACAACACCCUUGAAGAUUCCGAAGCUCGGCGUCGUCCCAAGAACCUCCCGCAGCUCCUAUGACGCUGAAUCUCUUGCUGCGGACGGCUUUGAAACGUUGUACUACACACAAACGCUAGACCAUUUUAACUACAGGCCUGAAAGUUACACCACCUUCCAACAACGAUAUGUAGUGAACUCCCGAUACUGGGGCGGCCCCAACGUUAGUGCUCCGAUCUUCGUUUACACCGGAGACGAGUCGGGUUUGUUUAAUGAUAUUAAUGCUGCAGGAUUUCUCACCGAUAACGCGCCCCACUACAAAUCUCUCCUUGUUUAUAUAGAGCACCGAUACUAUGGAGAAUCCACACCGUUUGGGUCAAUGGACGAAGCAUUUCGGAAUGCCAGCACCCUCGGAUAUUUCAGCUCGGCCCAAGCUCUAGCCGACUAUGCAGAGCUGAUCAUCGACCUGAAGAAGAACUUAUCUGCAGAGAAUUGCCCGGUGAUCGCCUAUGGAGGAUCAUACGGUGGAAUGCUUGCGUCAUGGUUUAGAUUGAAAUACCCACACAUUGCAAUUGGGGCAGUAGCAUCAUCAGCACCCAUUCUCUACUUCGAUGAUAUCACCCCAGAAAACGGAUAUUUUUCGGUUGUAACUAAGGACUACAGAGAAACUAGCGAGAGCUGCUACAGUACCAUAAGGCAGUCAUGGUUUGAAAUCGACACAAUCGCCUCCCAAUCCAAUGGCCUUACUCUCUUGUCUCAAAAAUUCCACACCUGCAGCCCUUUGAACGACACUCAAGAGCUGAAAGAUUACAUAGGAAUAUUAUUUGUUGCGGCGGCUCAAUACAAUUAUCCACCGAAAUAUCCAGUUAAUGUGAUAUGUAAUGCGAUCGACGGAGCACCACAAGGGACAGAUAUCCUCGGUCGGAUAUUUGCAGCCGUUGUUGCCAGAGAGGGACGGCAGCGUUGCUAUUCUGUCACUGAAUCUGACCAUACAGGAGGAACGAUUGGACCAUGGACAUAUCAGAGAUGUACGGAGAUGGUAAUGCCCAUUGGCUGCGGGAGCAAUGAUACGAUGUUCCAAGCGCAACCCUUCGAUCUAAAAAACUACACAGACGAGUGUAGGAAUAUGUCUGGCGUCACUCCAAGGCCUCAUUGGAUAACCACAGAAUUUGGUGGGCAUGAUAUAAAAUCGGUGCUACAGAGAUUUAGCAGCAACAUCAUAUUUUCCAAUGGGCUCAGGGACCCUUAUAGUGUGGGAGGGGUACUACAGAACAUAUCGGAUAGUGUUGUAGCUAUAUAUACCACUCAAGGGGCCCACUGCAUGGAUAUAUAUUCUACAAGGCCAGAUGAUCCCGAGUGGGUAAUCUGGCAACGGAACGAGGAGAUCAAUAUCAUCGACGGAUGGAUUGCACACUACUAUGCCGAUCUUGCUGCUAGGACUACAAACCAAGCUUGAGUGGUUUAAGAGAAAUUGCACCGAUGCCGUGAUUGAUGUGUGAACACCUGGACGCUUACUUUUCUUUUUCUUUUUUUCUUUUUUUUUGGUUAAAACAAAUCUCUGCAAGAUUUCUCUUGGAUUCUGUGUGAGAACACUCACGCUGUUCAUGUUUUAUAUCAAACUGAGGUCCAUACAUGGUGUUAUGUAAAUCUGAUCCGCUUAUUGUGUUUCCCAUCAUCUAUUACGUAUAUAAUAAAUAAGUUGUUUUCAAAUGU